GAAGAGCUGACUACCACUGGGGAAGAAUCUCUUUUGGAGAUUGCUCCUCUUGGAGUCUUCUCAGUGAGCCCAGGACAAGGGUACGCUCAGCUGAAGCAGAGGUCUCCCCUCGGCCCUGGGCCGCGGCUGCCGCUGUCCGUGGUGCUGAAAAAGCAGCACCGAGCGGAAGCCCCACCCCGACGAGCUGCGCAGCGCGGGGCGGGCCGUGCGGCGGCAUGGCGGAGCGCUGCGCCUGAGGCGGCAUGGAGGCGGAUUUUGCCGCUUUCGGCAGCCCGCUGUGCGGCGAGCUCAAGCGCUUCUGCAAGCGGGCUGGCACCGAUGCGAUUAUAUACGCUGUCCAAACGGCAUUUUGUCCUGGUUUUUGUAGUAUUCUUUGUCUGUUUUGGUUUGACAGUCUUCAUAGGAAUAGCAGGUCCUAAUGUAAUUGAAACUUCUGUAGCGAGAACUGACUUAAAUAACAGCAUAAAGCUGAAGCCUUUUAAUUUAAGUUCGCCACCACUGUCUACUUAUAACCAACAGCUGUGGCUGACCUGUGUAGUCGAGUUGGAUCAGCAUGAUGUAUCACUCAAAAAGAAUGUUACUAUGACAGUCAAAGUGCUUGGAGUGGUGAAGGAUGGAAGCACUCCCUACGUUAAUAAUCAAGUUCACAACCGGACACGGUUGCUCAAUUGUGCACAGAAAUGCAGUGAAAUCAUUGUUGCUCACCUGGGCUACCUGAACUACACUCAGUACAACAUAUUUGUUAGUUUUGAAGAUCUAAAUAAGUUAACGUAUGCAAUACAGAAUAUUACUUUCACAUGGAAGACGUACAAUCCUACAUUUUCACAAGUGGAAAUCUGGUUCCGAUUUGUCUUUGUAGUUCUCACCUUUAUGGUCACGUGUCUGUUUGCACAUUCUCUACGAAAAUUCUCCAUGAGAGACUGGGGUAUUGAACAGAAGUGGAUGUCUAUCCUCCUUCCUCUCCUCCUGCUUUACAACGACCCAUUUUUCCCCCUUUCUUUUCUGGUGAACAGUUGGUUUCCUGGAAUGCUGGAUGACCUAUUCCAAUCACUGUUUCUGUGUGCGCUGUUAUUGUUCUGGCUUUGUGUCUACCAUGGUAUAAGGGUACAGGGAGAAAGGAAGUGCUUAACCUUCUAUCUGCCCAAAUUCCUUAUUGUUGGACUAUUGUGGCUUGCCUCUGUUACGUUAGGAGUAUGGCAGACUGUUAAUGAAGUACAUGAUCCUACAUAUCAAUACAGAGUUGACACAGGUAAUUUCCAGGGAAUGAAAAUCUUCUUCCUUGUGGUGGCAACCACAUAUAUUCUCUACCUUCUGUUCCUGAUAGUGAGAGCAUGUUCAGAACUCCGUAACAUGCCUUAUGUUGAUCUCAGGUUAAAAUUCUUGACUGCAUUAACCUUCGUAGUGCUCGUCAUUAGCAUUGUUAUACUCUAUUUACGCUUUGGAGCACAAGUUCUACAGGACAACUUUGUUGCUGAGCUGUCAACUCAUUAUCAGAAUUCAGCAGAAUUCUUAUCAUUUUAUGGUUUAUUGAACUUCUAUCUCUACACAUUAGCCUUCGUCUAUUCCCCCUCAAAGAAUGCGCUGUAUGAAUCACAGUUGAAGGACAAUCCUGCUUUUUCUAUGCUGAACGACUCAGAUGAUGAUGUGAUUUAUGGGAGUGACUAUGAAGAAAUGCCACUUCAGAAUGGCCAAGCUAUUAGAGCCAAGUUUAAAGAAGAAUCAGACAGUGACUGAUGGAGUGAUUUUGAUAUAGACAGACUUGUUCAGAUGGAAUUAAAGCAGUUUUGAAGUUUUCCUAGAUGGACCACUUCCUUGGCUUACUUACAGUCUGCUGUCGUCUGAACAUGGAAUUCCAGGAAGGACAUUCUGCUUCUGUUUCUGUUUACAAAGGUAAAGCUGAAAAGAAUGCUUGAAAAGGUUGUGGUGGGAACUCAAGGAAACCAAAAUUUAUACGCGUCUUAUAAAAUGCCUGUUGGCAGGAUGUCUCUGGACUAAUAUUUAAGUCUGUGUCCAUUUUGAGGUGUCACAGGUUACGUACGGAUCUUAAAAUUGCUUCUUUGCUGCUUGGUGGCUUGUUGUUUCCCCUCCCUUUAGGAUUAUGUAGAACAGCAUCUUAAACCUCUUGCAUUUGUUCUAGCUCCUUUUCUGUUGUUCACUGCUGUAUGAAGUGCCUCUUUUCCCUUUUGUUUUUCUACCUUAGUCAUUUAGACUGGAGGCAGGGAUCGAUGUGCUUUAAGGUUCUCUCUUCUGCCUCUGUUUUUUUUUAAUAUUAUUUUUUGGAAAUGCAGAAAAUCAAAAGCUUCCCAUUCCUCCUUCUAAGAGGUUGUAUAGACUUCAAACCGUUGUUUUAACUCCAUUUAAAUGGAUUUACCAGAUAUAAGUGUGGGAUAUGUGCAAAUAGGUUCUAGUGAGCAAAAAUGGGCUGUGGUCCAAAGUUACUUGUAUGAUACAGGUUUCAUAACAUGCUUUACCACCCCAGCAAAACUGUUUGUUUUGUUAUUGUUGUUGUUUUCAAUAGCCCUUUAAAUAGAAAAUAUUUAGGCAGAAGUUAACCUCUGAAGGAAGUCAGAACUUUUGUGCGUGUGUGUUCUGGAGCAGAUUGUUACACUUAGAAGAAUACAGUAUAAAGUUCCACUUCAUAUUUCCAAACAUUUCAUUGUAGAUGCUUUUUCUACAUCAGACUUUUUCAUGAAGUUGUAUUUAUUGGCAGUUCUUAUGCUUUCUGGGAACAACUACAGGUGCUUAUGCCUUGAAGUUGCUUAACAGCUUUUGAGCACGUUCUGUGCAUAGCUCAACUUCUCUGUCGUACCACAGUUGCCAGCAGUACUGCUUGAAAUUUUCACCCAUACAUUUUAUGAUUCUUUAUUCCAGUAUGUGCUGGAACAGUUAUAUAGGAAUGCAGUAUUCCUCAUACAAUGAUGCUGCUUCUCUUUUUAAAAGCUGUUUUUCUUCCACACUACUGCUCAGCUCUAUAUAUAUCUGGAUGCUGUUUGUUUCCAACUACUUCUGAAUUUUCAAGGACUUGACCAGUCUCUUCUUUUUUUAAGAAAUAGAUUCCUAACUGUAAUGUACUUUUGUAACAUUUCUCUGCCCUGCUGCUGUGGAAAAGAUAUAUUAGGCAGAAAAUGGUGCUGGCUUACACUAGUAAAUCAUGCUUACGACAGACCCAGUCUAAGCAGAGCAGUGCAAUGAAGUCAUACUAAAUGUACUGAAUCACAUAGAUUACAUAGAGUACAUAGAUUCAGGGGGGCAUAGAUUUAUUCUGCAUUUGUACAGCUGGUUUAGGUUAUUGCAGCACAAUAACCUCCAUGUAGCUGUUCAAGAGCAUUAAGGGGAGACUGGGAGACUUCACAAAGUAACAGUUUACUUACAGAUGAUCAAAGGAACUGCUUCAGGUGGUUGCAAAUACAAAAUAGUCCAGAUUUAAAUCUGCACUCUGUUAGCGUGGUAAGACUUUGUGUGUCUGUAUAAUGUGUAAUUUUUGAGGAUAUUUGGAAUUUACAGCGUUGUGUACCGUUACUGUUUGUUAGAAGCCAAAGCACUAUUGUGAGGCUAAAGCAAGGAAACACAGUGAGAGGUGGGCUGGGAAGAAGGCGGGGGAGA